AUGGCAUCAUCUGCAGCACAUGCAUCUGAACUCAGGAUUGUGGUGCUUGGAAAGAGCCAGAAUAAAAAGACAAUACUAACCAACUAUAUGACAGGGAAAAAAGACUUUCUUUUUCUGAAAAUGUCCACGCAAUGUACAGUCGCUACUGGACAGUGCAAGAAAAUACCUUUAACAGUAGUGAAAACCUCAGAUGUCUUCAGUCUGCCUGAGGAUAAAGUGAGACACGAGAUGAAAAAGUGUGUCGCUCUUUGUCCUCCUGGACCCAAUGUUCUCCUGCUGUUAGCGAAGCCAUCUGAUUUCAGCGAAGAGGACGGACAAAAGUUAAAGUUCAUUCUGAGCUUCUUUGGUCUAGAUGCCUUUAAAUACUCAAUGGUCAUCUUUACACAUAACGAAGAGGGAAAGAAUUCAGCAGUCGAUCAACUCAUACGAGACUGCAGACAAAGGCAGCACAGAGUUAACUUUGAUAGAAAAGAUCUUUCACAAUCUGAUCUUGAAGAAUUGAUCGAAAAGAUGGAGAACAUAGUAAAUGACAACAAAGGAGCACAUCUAAACUGCACUGAAGGGGCUCAUCACAUGACAGUACCUGUAACUUCCAAACCUCCUCUGAACUUAGUGUUGUGUGGGAGACAUGGAACCUUGAAGACUUUGGCAGCCAAUGCCAUUCUAAGAAAAACAAAGUUUGGUCCACCUUCUGAGUGUGUUAAAAAUCAGGGAGAGGUGUGUGGACGUUGGGUUUCCCUGGUGGAGCUGCCUGCCUUGUAUGGAAAACCUCAGGAGGCACUAAAACAGGAUACAUUUAGGAGUAUCUCCCUCUGUGAUCCUGAGGGCGUCCAUGCCUUCAUCCUGGUCCUACCUGUGGGUCCCCUCACUAAUGAAGACAAGGGUGAGUUAGAGACCAUCCAGAACACAUUCAGCUCUAGAGUCAAUGACUUCACCAUGAUUCUGUUCACUGUGGACUCAGAUCCUACAGCUCCAGCUGUUGUUAAUUACAUAAAAAGUGACAGAGACAUCCAGCAUCUCUGUCGGAGCUGUGGUGGACGAUGCAUUGUCUUCAACAUCAAGGACAAACAGCAGGUCUCUGAGGUGUUGCAUACUGUGGAGAAGAUGACAUUUGAAGGAUCCAGAUGCUUCACAAAACAAAUGAUCGUCAAGCCUCGAGAGAAAAAGGGUAUAGGUUGUAAAUCUGAACAGAAGAUGGUAGGUUAUCAACAUCAGAGCAGAGAGAGUCUCAGGAUGGUGCUGAUUGGGAAGACUGGUUGCGGAAAGAGUGCCACGGCAAAUACCAUUUUGGGCAGAGAAUGCUUCACAUCUAGAACCAGCAUGAAGUCAGUGACCAGGCUUUGCCAAAAAGAAACAGGAGAGAUUGAUGGCCGGCCUAUUGCUGUGGUCGACACACCCGGCUUAUACGACACGUCUCUGUCCAAUGAUGAAGUUAAAGAGGAGCUUGUGAAAUGCAUCAGCUUGUUGGCUCCAGGACCUCAUGUGUUUUUAUUGGUGGUGCAGAUCGGCCGCUUUACACAGGAGGAAAAAGACACCGUGGAUCUUAUCAAGGAGAUCUUUGGCAAGAAGUCAGGAUAUUUCAUCAUUGUUAUAUUCACCAGAGGAGAUGAGCUUGAAAAUCAAACAAUUGAGAGUUACAUGGAAGAAGAGAGUGACGACUUUGUAAAAAAACUGCUUGCUGACUGUGGAGAAAGAUACCAGGUCUUCAAUAACAAAGAUCCGAAGAAUAAUGAACAAGUCAGAAAGCUGUUGAACAAAAUAAAAACAAUGGGGGAGAAAAAUGGUGGCAGCUACUACACCACAGAGAUGUUUCAAGAAGCUGAGGCAGCCAUACAAAAGGAAGUAAAGAGGAUCUUGAAACAGAAAGAACAAGAGAUGCAGAGAGAGAAGGAGGAACUACAAAAAACACAUGACGAAGAAAUUCAAGCGAAGAAGAAAAAAAUUAACAAAGAAAGAGCAGAGAGAGACAAAGCACUGAAGGAAAAGGAGGAGUACAUUAACAAAGAACAUGAAAAAAGGAAGAGAGAAGAGGAAAGGCGAGAAGAAGAGAACAGGGAUUCAAAAAUAUAUGAAGAAUAUCAGCGACAGGAGUGGGAACAAAAACUUCAAGAUCUAGAGAAAAAAAUCCAGUCUGAAAACACAAAUGCUGACAGAAAGUUGAUGCAAAACAGAGAAGAGAUGAGACGUGAACGAGAGGCUUGGGAGAAAGAACGAAAAGAAUGGUGGGAGACACGACAUCGAGAAGAUCAACAGAGACAAGAGGAAGAGCAAACACGACUGAAAAAGCUCAGAGAAGAAUAUCAGCAGGAAAGAAAUGAAUAUGAAAACAAAAGAAAAGAAGAUAGACUCAGAAGAGAACUAGAGGAAAGAGAAUGGAGGAAAGUACAAGAAACCUAUGAGAAAAGAGAGCAAGAAAUCAAGAAGAAAAAUGCAGAAGAGGCCAGAAAGCAAGCUGAAGAAUUCAAUGAGUUCAGGUUAAAAUAUUCAGCAGACUUUGUAGCUCUGAUGGAAAAGCAUGACAAGGAAAUGGAGGACAUGAAGCAAAAGCAACAAAAAAACAAUGACCUAAUGCUGAGACACUUGCUCACAAACAAAAUGUAUCAGAAAGAGUUUGAGAGACUGAAGAAGAAACAAGAACAAGAAAUGAAUGAGCUUCAACUGAAUUACUCUGAGGAAAAUGCAGAAGAUGUGGAUGAAGCAAUCAGUGAACUACAGAAAAAACAUGACGAAGAAGUCAAUGUCUGGGUACAAGAGCAUGCGGAGAAAGCCACAGCAGAUAAGGCUUGCAGCAUUUUAUGA